AUGGCAUCAGCUGUCUCAAAGCGCCUUGAGGGCAAGACAAUUCUCAUCACCGGAGCAUCCUCCGGCAUCGGAAAGGCCACAGCCUUUGAGUUCGCCCGCACCAGUCCCAACAACCUCAAGUUGGUCUUGACAGCACGACGGAUUGACAGUCUUCGUCAAAUCGCCGAAGAUAUCGUCAAGGAAGUUGGCGGUGGUGUCAAGGUGCACCCUGUCCAGCUGGACGUCAGCAAGCCUGAUGAGGUACGGUCUUUCGUGAGCAAAUUGCCGGCAGAGUUUAGCGAGAUUGAUGUCUUGGUGAAUAAUGCUGGUCUUGUCAAGGGCGUUGAUAAGGCUCCUGAGAUCAAGGAGGAAGACAUCAACGUCAUGUUCGCUACCAACGUCACAGGCUUGAUCAACAUGACACAAGCUAUCCUCCCUAUGAUGCUGAAGCGCAACAGCGGCGAGGGAGCCGGCGACAUCAUCAACAUUGGCUCUAUCGCAGGUCGCGAGCCUUACGUUGGUGGUAGCAUCUACUGUGCAACCAAGGCCGCCAUCCACUCCUUCACUGAGAGUCUGCGCAAGGAGCUUAUCUCGAAACGCAUCAGAGUCAUCAGAAUUGAUCCAGGCCAAGUGGAGACCGAGUUCUCGGUCGUCAGAUUUUACGGCAACAAAGAAAAGGCAGAUGCAGUCUAUGCAUCGUUGAAGAACCAUGAGCUGAUCAGUUAUAGUGGUUGUGAGCCUUUGACACCGGAUGAUAUUGCUGAAGCGAUUGUCUUUGCUGCUGGCAGAAGGGAGAAUGUAGUCAUUGCUGAUACCUUGAUAUUCCCAAACCACCAGGCUGCGGCUACGAUUAUGCACAGAAAGAGCUAG